AUCAGCCUGUGUCCCUGAAAAAUUUGUCUUCAUCCUGUUGGAAAUUCUAGCAACGGGUUUAUCCCAUUUUGGGCUAUAAAAUGGCACCCAAAUCCUCUCAUUUGACACACAAUUCUUCAACAUUUCAAUACUCUUUCAUUGCAUAAGCAUUCCUAUUUUUCUUAGCUAUUUGAGAGCCAAUUCUUGAAGAAAUUGUCGUGUUCUUGAGCGUUUACUAGUUCACUCAUANACCUUUCCUUCGUACAACCAAGGGAAACAAGCUUCCCUAAACGUGUUUACAACACUAAGACUACUCAAGAACAAGACUCUCUUUAAGAGUAGAUGUUGAAAUAUUGGCUUCCCAUCGAUGUUUGGAACUUACCCAUCGCUGAGAAUUAUCAAGAAUGGGGAAGAAGUGCCCAUGAAGAAAGUUGGGGAAACCACCGUUCCCAAAACCGAAGAAGAAUACGAUGCGCAGGAUAUCAAGAAAAUAGAAAACAACGCCAAGGCUAUCAACAUUCUUUAUUGUGCAGUAAACCCGGAUGACUACCGGAAGAUCUCUUGUUGUUCCACCGCCAAGGAAAUGUGGGACAAGCUCGAAAUCACAUAUGAAGGUACAAAUCAAGUCCGAGAAGCUAAGAUAGAUUUUCUAACCCAUGAAUAUGAAUUGUUUCGUAUGAAGGAGAAUGAGAAAAUCGAUGAGAUGUUUGAACGAUUCUCCAAAAUCGUUAAUGAUCUCCAUGCUCUCAAGAAGACGUACACGGACAAGGAGCUUGUGAGAAGAAUCCUGCGAAGUCUCACACCGGAGUGGCGCUCCAAAGCCGAUGCCAUUCAAGAAUCCAUCGGCAUCACCAACGUCACCAUUGACGGACUUAGAGGUAAUCUCAAAACCUAUGAGUCUACUAUUCUUUAUCCCUCUCUAGGUGAACAAAAGAAGAAUGGGAUUGCUCUCAAGGCAUCUACAAGCCAAGAACGUGCUAUGGAAGACUCGAGUGACGAAGACGAGUUCGGGAUCGUACUCAAGAAAUUCCAUAAGUUCAUGAGCCAAGACGGUCAAAGAAAGCGUUCCCGCACCGGCAAGAACGUUGCCUCCUCCUCUGCUCCUCCUCCUCCACCGAUGCACAAGUACCUCGAUGGGUCGUUCCUUUGGUUCAACGACCGCGCAGAGGCGACGCGGUUCUCGGAGAAGUUUGAGCACCGGGAAAUUCUCCCUCCCCGAUUCUCCACCGCCCGCUUCAUUCAUGACUCCAUUCCACGCGAGGCACGGGUUAUCCUCGAACGUGGAAACUUCCUCGAUCUCCUCUACAUCAAGAAGGUCAAUUAUCAACCCUUUCUUGUUCGAGCUUUCUACUCGAACUUGAAAAAGGAUGAGGACGGAGCAUUGAUCUCUAACGUCAACGGGGUGGACAUCUAUUUGAAUGAGGAGAACAUUCAAAUCCUCACCGGGCUUCGUCGGGAUGGACAGGAUCUCGGGCUCUACGUUGGAGAAGAAGGAGCAUGGUUCAACGAGACCGCUCUCUUGGAGGAAGGAGGUUGUUCCCUUGUUGUAAACUCGAAGGAAGUUCCUUGUUCCUUCGUGAGAAGUCUUGGAGUGCGGUAUCUCCGAGCAAAGGUGUUGAGGCUCGUGUGACUCGGGUUCUCAAGUUGUAUCGGUUUGUUAAGCACCCUUAAGCUUAACGGAGUUAGUGUAGCUCGAGAGAGUCUCUCGGGGGGCUGGAUUAGCCACACGUUGUGGUGAACCAGAAUAAAACUCGGUGUGUUCC